AUGGCCAACGAGGAGAACGCAGAGGAUGGCUCGCACGCCCUGUCCAGGGGCAACGACGUCCCAAACGGCAAUCAAAUCUCCACCACAUUCCCUCCCGCACUCAACAUCCAAAGCCUAGAGGACUUCAUCCGCGAAAAUCCCUAUCACCCUCCAACAGCAGGGACCACGCAGCGGCAAUCCAAAGGAGACCCCGAGAGCGUCUCCCGCUUCCACAACCUCUGCGUGCUGCGCGGAAUCACGCCGAUACUCACAGAGACCGAAGUUGCUUCGCAAGCAUUCACUGCCAAGGUGGUGUUUGGCGAGCUCGAGGUGGAGGUCGAAGAGCAGUUUCCCAGCAAGAAGGUGGCUCGUGGGGCUGUGUGCAAACUUGCGCUUGAGAAGUUGUUGUCUACUGAUGCGGGGGUGAGGAAGAAGGCGAAACGUAAGAGGUCGGGGGCCAACGAUGCUUCAACGGAGUUUGAGAUCGAUGAGGACUGGGUUUCAAUCUUAAAUGAGUACGCCCAGCCAAAGAGGCUCCGAAUGCCAGAGUACGACGACAUGGCAUACGGAGGCGCUCCGCCAAAGUUCUCAUGUACUCUCAAGAUUGCAGAUGCGCCAAACGAAACGUUUGGGUACAGGUUCGACUUGCUGCACACGUCGAAGAAGGCCGCGAAGACGAUGGCUGCGAAAGAGGCAGUGUUGUGGCUACGCGAACAGGGCAAGCUUCCACCAACCCCGACCAAACGAAAGAAGAUCGCCCAUCCCACCGCUGCUGCUGGACACUCCGGCAGUACUGACAUUUCAAGAAGUCUGUCAACACUGAGCACCGACGACCACGUUCCCUUGCCACCUUCACAGCGCCUGAAUUACCUUAUCGACUCGCUCGGCUUCCAGGGGAUGUGGUGGGACCUACGACCAUCGCCCGUGCAGUCGUGUCUAGGCAACAUGGCGUGGGACGCAGCUAUUACCUUUCCCGAUCGCGAUGUCGAGACGGAGCCGCGACUGGCCGGACGACUGGGGCAGGUGUGGGGGGUCCAUGGAAAGGCGAACGCGAAGGCGAAGUGCUGUAAGAACGUCCUGCCCUUGCUGGAGGAGAUUCAGGCCGAGCGGAUUGGACAAUUCAGUUGA